CACUGUCGCAUUUCUUGCCCAUUCAACUUUGUCUUCAAAAUUAAAUGAAUGAUUACAGGCCAGAUUUCAAGAAGAACGUAUUGCAAAGGCAGUCACAUCGUUGGAGCAGUUCACCGCUUUAGCCGAGGACCUCAUUCUCGACGCUCAAGCCACCUACGCCAACGCAUUCAACACAACCCAGUUCCUCAAGCAUUUUCACGAGCACGGUGGUACCACCGUUGGUGGGGCUACGCUGGACGCAUGGGCCCGCGAAUCUGAAGCCCAUUACAAUGCUACCCUUGAACGGGGCAAAUACAUCGAGAAGAGACUUAAUCGUGCUGAGCAGGAACACAAGUACUGUAAACAGGUGUACAGAAUUUGGCAGAAAAACGAGGAGCUCCUUAAGAAGGUAUUUGCGAACAAGCUCAAUGACACAUCUUUCGAGAAUCUCCAAGAACGACUCGAUGAAUUCGAUCAAUGGCUGGAGGACUACAGGUACCAAUUUCUAAAACCAGCGGUCACAUUGGGGGCUACCAUCUAUGACAGUGCGAGGCGCGAUACAGCAGAAGCAGAACGAAUGAGCAAUGUCGUCGCUAAGCGCAUCGAUCGAUAUAAGGAAGUUAGCAACGAGAUCGAAAAACUCCGGGCUGAGGCNAGGGCUACCAUCUAUGACAGUGCGAGGCGCGAUACAGCAGAAGCAGAACGAAUGAGCAAUGUCGUCGCGAAGCGCAUCGAUCGAUACAAGGAAGUUAGCAACGAGAUCGAAAAACUCCGGGCUGAGGCCGAAGAUGAUUUGGCUGCUGCUCGAAAUGCUGUUGACAAUGCGAAAGGGAAGGAACUGCUGAAUAUGUUUGACGACAAUCGGGCUAUGAAUGAAACUCUCAAGACGGCAGCUGAUGCUUCUUCUGAGUGUCGAAACAUAUCCAUGAUGUGA